CUUCCACUUUGUCUUGCCCCGAGGAGCCAGGAGGCUCGUGCCGUAUCGUGUCGUGCCGUGACGCGCCGUGCCGUGCCGUGCCGUGUCUUGUCUUGUUCCGUUCGCGUCUUGCCGAGGAUCGCGCGGCGUCGCGCCGCGUUGCGCCGUGCCGCCGGGUGCCAAGCCGUGUGCGAACGAUCACAUUCAGCGGAAGUUUCAAGCUAGUUUUGAGUGAAAGUGAAUCUGUCUACGAACAUUUAUUAUUAUCAGAGAUGGGUUCGCUGCCCGACCUGUCCAUCCUGCGGGGCGAGACCGCCCCCGCCCCCGCCGGCCAGCCUCAGCUGCUGCACCGCCUGCUCGAGGAGGUCGCCGCCGGCCCCGCGGCCAACACGCCCGCCGUGAUGUACCAGGGGAGGCGCAUCUCCUACGCGGAGCUGGACGCCGCGGCGAGCCGCUUCGCGCGCGCCAUCGUGCGCAAGGUGCGCAUGUGCUCGGCAGGCGGCAACGCGGCCAACCCCGACGGCGACGUCCUGGUGGCCGUGCGGCUGCCGCCCUCGGACCGCCUGCUCGUCAUCCUGCUGGCCGCCGUCAAGGCCGGCGCCGCCUACCUGCCCCUGGACUCGGCCUUCCCCCCGGACCGCGUCCGCCACAUCCUCACGGAGGCCCGGCCCGCCAUCGUCAUCUCCGACCAGCCGGACCCCGAGCUUUUUCGCGGCACCAUCGCCGCCACGUACGCCGAGCUGCAGGCCGAGGCCGCGGACCUGAGCGGCGCGCCGCUCUCCGACCAGGACGGGCUCCUCGCCGACCCGCUCCUCGCCCUCGUCCUCUACACCUCCGGUAGCACCGGAGUGCCGAAAGGGGUCCGGCUGCCGCACAACGUGGUGCUCAACAGACUGCGCUGGCAGUGGCGCCAGUUCCCCUUCGGCGAGGAGGAGGCCCUGUGUGUGUUCAAGACCGCGCUCACGUUUGUCGACUCGGUCCCGGAGAUCUGGGGACCGCUGCUCCAGGGCCGCGCCCUGCUCGUGCUGGACAAGGACGUCACCAGCGACACGGAGCGACUCGUACACGCCCUCGAGGACAACCAGGUGGAGCGCCUCGUGCUGGUGCCGUCCCUGCUGAGGGCCAUGCUGAUGUACCUCAAGAUGGACGCGGAGCGCAACGCGGAGAGGCACAACAAGCCGCUGCUGGCCCGCCUCCGGCUGUGGGUGUGCUCCGGGGAGAGCCUGGCCGCCUCGCUCGCCGAGCAGUUCUUCGCGCACUUCGCCUCCGUCGGCCUGGACUCGCACUGGCUCUGCAACUUCUACGGCUCCACCGAGAUCAUGGGCGACGUCACGUUCCACGUGCUGCGCUCGGCCGCCGAGGUGCAGGGCCUGGACAAGAUCCCCAUCGGCAGCCCGCUCGACAACACCGUCGUGUACCUGCUGGACGAGCACUUCCGGCCAGCGCUGGCCGGCCAGCCCGGCGAGCUGUUCGUGGCGGGGCGCAACCUGGCGGCGGGCUACGUGGCCGGCAGGGACCCGCACCGCUUCCUCGACAACCCCUUGGCCGUGCACCCAGACUACGUGCGGCUGUACCGCACCGGUGACUUCGCGCGCGUGGACAAGAACACGCUCGUCUUCGAGGGGCGGACCGACUCGCAGGUCAAGGUGCGCGGUCACCGCGUGGACCUGAGCGAGCUGGAGGCCGCGCUCACCAGGGUGGACGGCGUGGACAAGGGCGUGGUGCUGUGCUACCGGCCGGGCGAAGAGGACCAGGCGGUGCUGGCGUUCGUCACGCUGCGCGAGGGGUCCCAGGGCCCGCUCUCGGCCCGCCAGGUGGAGUCCGCCCUCGGCCUGUCGCUGCCGCCCUACGCCGUGCCGCAGGUGCUGGCCGUGGACUGGAUCCCGCUGCUCGUGAACGGCAAGGUGGACCGGCAGGCGCUGCUGCGCGGCUACGCCGAGUCCUCCGCGCUGGACCGCUCGCCCGACUACUCGGGCGCGCCCGACGGCCUCGCCGACGUGGCGCGCGUCCUGCUCGACACCGUCGCCGAGGUGCUGGGCGCCGCGGCGCGCGCCAAGGUCUCGCUCGCGCGCUCCUUCUACGAGCUGGGCGGCAACUCGCUCAACUCGGUGCUCACCGUCACCCGCCUGCGCGACCAGGGCUUCUUCAUCAGUGUCAGCGACUUCAUCGGCGCCGAGUCCCUGGGCCAGGCCCUGGAGUGUAUGAAGCCAUCUGGCGCCGAGGCGUCGCUCCUCGCCGAGUCCCGGCACCAAAGCAACUUCAGGGCCGAGCUGUUGUCGGAGGAACACAAAAAGGAUGUGUACAGCAUGAUCACGGACAGCUUCCUGCAGAAGGCGGACCUGGAGCACUGGCUGAUGCCGGGCGUGUCGCCGUCCGACUACUCGGAGCUCAUGGACCAGAUCUGGGAGCCGCUGGUGGAGAAGAAGCUCAGCUGCGUGGUGAAGGACGAGGCCGGCGCCGCGGUGGCCUGCGCGCUCACCUUCGACGCACACGACGAGCCGCCGGUGCAGAUCACCAGCAAGCUGAACAUCGUCUUCGACUUCCUCGAGUUCAUCGAGGGGCCCAUCAGGGACAACAAACUGCCCACGGGCCGGGGCCGGGUGCUGCACAGCUUCAUGAUGGCCACGGCGGCCAGCCUGUCGCCGCGCGCCAACGUGCUCGCCAUGCAGUUCAUGGAGCAGGAGGUGCUGCGCACGGCGCGCAGCCGGGGCUUCACCGGCGUCUUCACCACCAACACGAGCCCGCUCACGCAGCAGCUCGGCCGCGACGUGUUCGGCUUCCAGACGCUGCUCGACUACCAGGUCAACCAGUACGUCGCGCCGGACGGCACCGUCCCCUUUGGCGAGGCGCCCGACUCGCAACGCGCUGUAGUCGCGUGGAAGCCCAUCCAGUAGAGACCGGGGUCGCCUACGACGCGCUGAAAAAAAAAAAGUAUUUAUUGUGCAAACCAUUUUUCUUGUGUGAUUUUUACUUUUAAGAAAUUUAUUACCACAAAUUCGUGCUCUAUUUACGUGAAGGAAGUAUAUACUUCAAUACUCUUGUGCACCUCCAAAGCGCCCUUUAUGGCAUUUUUCUGAGAUAUCAUAUUUAGAUAACAUGUCUUACAGCUAAGACUGAGGGUAUGUAAUUGUUAUUGCCCCUCAAAUGUGCGUGCGUGUGAUAUGAAGACUAUAGUUUAGUAAUUUAUAUUUUUUUUGUUAAUUUACCUAUGAUGUACUGUAUAGUUUUAUUCUAGAAAAGAUUGUAAUUAGAAUAAGAACCAUAAGGUUUUCAUACAUAAUUAGCAUGUUUAAUGUUAAAAAGAAAACUUUUUAUAAUAUUGUGGUGAGUAAAUAUAAGUUUACAAGCACCAGAGUGAUAGGACCAACAUUUUUCGAAGUACAAAGUAAGUUAACCAGGUUAAGUUGCUACUGUAGUAAUUUAUUGUGCUCUUCUCGUAUGAAAUAAUCUAUAACGUUAGGUUAUCAAGACAGCAUAUAAGCACUGUGUAUUUACGUUCUUGUUUACUUAAGGUUACAAGUUGAAGUAUUUACAACAUGUGUAUUUAUCUUGGUAACACUCAUAUGUCAUGUCAUAAACUGAAACACUUCGAAUCCCAAAUGAUUGAUUCACUUCAUUCCCAUUUCUCACCUCCCUGCUGCACUGGAAGCGCAAGUGUGUGAAUGUGGCACACUUGUAGGUGUGUCAAUAUCCAUUUGUACACUUAACGGGGUAAACGUGGGAAUUUUCUAGGAAACUAAAUUCAAAAUGAGGUUAUGUAAAUAAAUUUGUGAAUGAGAUUUA